CCGGCAGCUCCAGCGGCAGCACCAUGGACCUCUCCUUCAUGGCCGCGCAGCUUCCUGUCAUGGGAGGAGCCUUUAUGGACUCACCCAACGAGGACUUUAGUACAGAGUACUCCUUGUUUAACUCAUCAGCCAACGUCCAUGCAGCUUCUUCCAUGCAGAAUCCACCAGAAGAGACAUCUCGUUCUUCAAAUGAUGCCAUAUUGUUAUGGAUUGCAAUAAUAGCAACAAUUGGAAAUAUCGUGGUUGUGGGAGUGGUGUACGCCUUCACCUUCUAGGAUGACUGUCACUCCAAACACUGGAAGAGAGGAUAACUGCAACAGUAUUUGUCAUGUGUAUGUAUGUAUGUGUGUAUAUAUACAUGUAUAUCUAUAUAAAUAUAUAUAGGUAGGGACUUUGUUGAUUAAGUGCUGCCACAAUCAUGGAAAUGAAAUGCAAGUUAAUCAUCUUGAAUCUUGAUGGCAGAAAGUUUGGAUGCAAUUGCCAAUUGUAUGGAGGUGAGAGCUUUAAUUGAGAACAGAGCCAAUACCAGUUUUGUAUAGAAAUGUAAUAAAAGAGAGACCAACAUGGAUAUAGUAAAUACAAAGAAAAAAUGAGAUUUAUAUAGA